AGCUUCGUGAGCAGGGCUCCUGAGUAUGCAGGUGAGGCCGUGGAGGGAGAGCCAACAAGGUAGGGAGGGAGUAAGGGCAGGGGUCCCAGUGGGCGGAGAGGCUUGCCCUCUGGACUCCACCGUGGUGUUUGCUAGCACCAAUGUGGUCAGGUAAGCCCUGCAGGGGCAGAGGCAAGAAUGACAUCAUGAGAAGGUGACAGGAGUGGGGGGCAUGUGGCCACGUGCUGAAGCCACUGGGGAGCAGAGGGGCUGGUGCAGGAGGCCCCAAGAGAGACAACAGAGCAAGGUUGGCAGGGAUGGGGCAACAGGAGGCAGCACAGCCCACAGCAGGGCCAGGGGCUGAGGGGCACCUGGGCCUCCUUGGGGCAGAGUGAGGAGUUCUGGGGUCAGCCCAGGAUAGACCUGGAGGACCAGAAGGGCAGAGGGAGAGUGGGAUGGAGGUGGGGACAGUGCUUGGACACGUGGGCUGUGGGAUCCUUGAGAGGGUCUCACAGGUCCCUGGAAUGGAGUAUUGGGGGUCAGGGCCCCCAACUCUUCCCUCUGCCCAGGAGCCAGCUACCGAGGCCCUGGAUGCGCCCAGAAAGAGGCUGACCAGGCCCACUGCAGGGUGUGGGUCCAGGGCCUUGCCACAGGUGGAUGGUCAGUGCCACAGUCUGAGGUGAGACAGGCACCAAUGCCAGCCCAGGAGCCCCAGGGGGUGUCUGGCAGCUGUGAGCUCCCACUCGGGGCCCUGGGCCAAGAGAAGCCUCAAGAAGUGCUGCUCUGGGGGUCUUGCUCAGGUGGGCUCCACCCGAAGGCCUACCUGGAGGUGGCAGGUGUGGACUCAAAGGAGGGCAGCCACUGGUGGGGCUCUAGGAGAUGCAGACACCCACCUGAUUUUUAUCGUGCCCCUGCCUCAUGCUCGGUGCAUCUGUCCUUGCAGAGACAGGGGUCCUGGCUGGCGUCCCCCCACAGUCCAGAGACCUGUUACUUGGCUCUGUUUUGCUGAUCUAAAUGUUCACCACCAUGUGAGGCCACUAAGCCUGGCACACAAAAGGGGCUCUGCAGAGCUGGGUAACCCGAGGAUGGUGGCCACUCUGGGUGGGCCCAGCUGCACUGGGCAUGGGGUUCUCCAGCCUUGAAGAGGGCCCCACCUGCCUCUGCCCCAGAUGCCCCCCCACACACAAGGUGCCUUUGCUCAUGCUGGUCAGCCACGGUGCCCUCUCUCCUGCUGUCCAAUGUCACCUCUUCCCUGCAUUUCAAACUUUAUUCUUAGAAAUGAUUUAUGCAUUUCCUUUUAAAUUUGUUCUGUAAAUGUUUCUUGUCACAUACACAUACGAGUAUUUGGUAUAAACGCACAUAAUCAUGACCCUCUUCUGUCUUGUUCUGCUUGGCUCCCCACCCCCAGCAUCACCUGCCCUCAGGCAAAUCACAGAACACUAUGCUUCUGUCAUCUUUAAUAUGGGAAGAGUAAUACUCUUUCAUAGGGUUAUUGUGAGGGAUAAAUGAGUGAAUACACACAAAAAUCACCAGGGCUGCAGAAGUCACACAGUGGCCACGCUCAGGUGCAGACAGGAGAGGUGGUCUGAGAGACUGACCAGAAGGGAGCCCCAGGAGGCUUCAAGGUCCCGGGCUCAAUCAGCUUGUUGACUUGGUGCUAGCUUCACAGGGCAUUCAGGGUGUGAAGACUCAUUGUGCUGUAUGCUGAAGGGAGGGGCGCUGCCUCAGAACCUGGGUCCCUGAAGCGAUGUUCGACGUUCUCCCUAGACUUCUAGACGUCUCCGCUGAAGGCGUCUGCUCCCCGAUAGUGCACCCACGGUUUCGGGUCCGGGGAUCCGGCAGCCGGCCAGCCCUCGGACCUGGCGGAUGGGACCUCGCCCCGCGCGCGCGGCUCUCGCGAUAACCCCGCCCCUCGCCCACGGACCCGGAGGGCACCAUGGAGAUGCGUGUUCUUCCGAGCCUCCUAGAGCGGCGCUGCGGACCGUUUCCGGGGACGGGCCGGAACCGGAGGUGUCUGCGCCCGGCGCCCGGCGCCACUCGGCGCUGUGCAGGGCGGAGGCCUGUGCAGGCGGCUGCUCCCUGAGGACACGCACUCCCCAGAUAUGAGCAAACAAGAACCAGCAGUGGUAACUUCCCCCUUCUAGCAGUGCCCGGUGUGAUGUAGCAAGAACAUUUUCUGAUCUUCCACAACGCGGUCUUACUGGUUGCAGAGUCACCCACAUCGUGGAUCAACUCCUUUAUUCCACACAUCCUUGCUGAGCAUAUGCUGGAUGCCAGGCCCUGGGGGUACUGCAUGAAUAACUAGACCUCAGGCCUUGUCUCACAAGGGGAGGCAGAUGAGAAGCAACUCCUUCCCUGGCAGAGACCCUGGAAUGGCAGCGCCACUCGUGAUGCCCAGACCCCAGGAGGCUGUUGUGUUCGAGGAUGUGGCCGUGUACUUCACAAGGAUAGAGUGGAGUUGCCUGGCUCCUGACCAGCGGGCACUAUACAGGGACGUGAUGCUGGAGAACUAUGAGCACGUGGCGUCACUGGGCUUUCUUGUCCCCAAACCAGCGCUGAUCUCCCUCUUGGAGCAAGGGGAGGAGCCAGGGGCCUUGAUUCUGCAGGUGGCUGAGGAGCGAGAGACCAAGGCCAGCCCAUGCCCAGGUUCCAGGAUGGAGGCCAGGAUGAAGGAGUCUUCUCUGAGGAGAGUGUCCUCUAAGCAGGCGGGACUACUGGGCUCAGUUUUGGGGCAGCUCCCUGGGGGGGGCCCCGAGUUACCUGUACCGAAGGGCAGUCCUGAAGAUGGAUCAGGUAGGCGACUCCUCAGCCCCCAGGCAAGUGGCCCUGGUGGGGAGUGUGGCACGUCCCCCGUGUCCCUGGAGGAAGGAGGGCUCUGCUGGGGCCCUUCAGAUGCUGCUGGGGAGAGAGUGCACAGGUGCGCUUGUGGCAAGGCGUUCAAGUACAACUCGCUGCUGCUCAGGCACCAGGUCAUCCACGUGGGGGCCAAGCCCUUCCAGUGCACCGAGUGUGGCAAGGCCUUCAAGCAGAGCUCUAUCCUCCUGAGACACCAGCUAAUCCACACUGAGGAGAAGCCCUACCAGUGCAGUGAGUGUGGCAAGGCCUUCCGGCAGAGCACUCAGCUGACCGCACACCACCGGGUCCACACCCGGGAGAAGCCCUACGAGUGCGGCGAGUGCGGCAAGGCCUUCAGCCGCAGCUCCCGGCUCCGGCAGCACCAAAAGUUCCACACGGGGGAGAAGCCCUACGAGUGUGGCGAGUGCGGAAAGGCCUUUGGCCGCAGGUUCACCCUCAAGGAGCACCGGCGCAUCCACAGUGGGGAGAGGCCGUACACAUGCCCGCAGUGUGGGCAGCGUUUCAUCCGCGGGUCCUCGCUCCUCAAACAUCACAGGCUGCACGUCGAGGAGAGCCCCCAGGAAGACGGCGGGUGCCAGAGCCCCCUGCUCAGUGCGGCCCACAAGAUCCACUCAGGGGACAAGCUCUACCAGUGCCCAGUGUGCCAGAAGCCCUUCAAACACAACUCCCUGCUCCUCUUGCACCAGAGGCUGCACACAGGUGAGAGGCCCUUUGAGUGCAGGGAAUGUGGCAGAGCCUUCAGCCGCAAGUCCAACCUCACUCUGCACCAAAAGACCCACACCAAGGAGAAGCCCUUCGCCUGCAUGGAGUGCGGCAAGGCUUUCCGCAGGAGCUACACACUGAACGAGCACUACCGGCUGCACAGUGGCGAGAGGCCGUACAGGUGCCGGGCCUGUGGGAGGGCCUGCAGCCGGCUGUCCACCCUCAUCCAGCACCAGAAAGUCCACGGCCAAGAGUGCUCCCAGGAGGGCGGGGAGGACAGGCAGGUGCCACGCUGGGCAACCUGUUGAGGUGACAGCAGGCAGAGAACCUAGCCAGGGCUGUCAACCCUCCCACUUGGCUGUGCAGCAGGGCAUUUGUCUUGGAUGGAGAAGGGAGGGGCUGGGGCUGUGGUCAGACAGCCUGAGGGAGGGACAGAGAGGAAGGCAGAGCCAGAGUGGGUCCCCACCCCCUCGAGCCCGGAUGCCCACGGGAGAGCAGCGUUUCUGAACCACCCGGGUCUGUGCCUGGAUGCACACACAGGCUCCAAUUAAUCACGUGGGGUUGUGCGUGGGUUCUGUUUUCUUUUUGCAUGCAUCUGUUUUCCAAACAUUGACUUGUGAUCAGAAAAAAGCAUAUGUUGUUUCUUUGGUGGUUCAUUUGUUACUAGGAUUGUCCAAGAUCACACCCCAUUUGCAGGGACUCCAGCCACCUAGUGGGAGCAAGAGAGGCACAGGACUAGAGUCCACACAGCGCCUGGCGUGGGGACAUUUGGAAGUCAUGGGCAGACUGAGGGUUUGUAAAUGAACCAGGGCCAGCGGGGUGGUAGUGGCUGAGGCCAGGACUUGAGGUGGGUCUGCAGGGUCUGGUCAGCGCUUCACGAGCCCCAGCCAGGCUAGGUGUAACCUGCCUCCACCGGGUCUGUUGGCAGAAGGUGCUCACUGAGAAGCAGCCCCUGGAGGGCCUGCUGGUCAGGGAGGCCGUCUUAGUGACCCCUCCUCACCAUCAGCACCCCCAGCAACCCUGAGAACGCUGACAGGCUUCACGGCAUCUUACAAAACGCGUGCCAGAAAGGAAGCCACCACCCCGAGCCAAGCUAAGGGCUUGACCCGUGAAUAUGUAUUUUUUAAUUAACAUGUUUUUUUCCUAAAUAUAAAGUUAUUGUAGAACAUUUGGAAAAUGCAGAAACUUAUAAAAAGGCAAAUAUAAAAAAUUGCCCUUUGACCCACUCUCCAGAGAUGGCUGCUGUGAUGUUUGGUGCGUUUUCUUAGUUUCUUUCUAACGCACAUGUAUAGAUACUGGUUUUACAAAUUGGGGUUAUGCUUUGCUUAGAAUUCUAUACCUAAUGAUCGGGUGACGCCCUAUACACCUGCCAUUUUCUGUGGUUUAAUUAGCAACUCCCUUAUGGUCAGACCUCUCUUUCCCACAUUCUUGCUGUUACCCCACAGUGGACGUGCACAUCUGCUCACAUCCAUGAUGACUUCCUUGGGGUUGAGGUGGACUUUGCAGGUGAAGGGUACUGGGGGUGGGAAGGGACUGUUUUUAAUCACUUCAUUAAUCAUGAAAAAUUCCACUCUUGUUUUUGUUUGCAUUUCUUUGCCUUUUCAUGGGGUGAGUCCCCUGUAAGCUCUUGCACCAGUUUUGUUGGGUUUGUAGAACUUCUGUGUUGUUCCAAUCCCUUUCCCUUAGUAUCUCUCUUUCGUCAGUUGUGGUACAAACCACAGGCUCUCCUGAGGAUGGGGAGGUGGAAGGAAAACUGCAUCUCAGAAUUGAGGAAGUGACACAUUACAAAUAUUUUUCUCAGUUCUUUUUUUUCUUUUCUUUUUGAAGAAGAUUGGCCUUGAGCUAACAUCUGUUGCCAGUCUUCCUCCUUUUUUUUCCCUCCCCAAAGCCCCAGUAGAUAGUUGUAUGUCAUGGUUAUACAUCUUUUUAGUUGCUGUAUGUGGGACACCGCCUCAGCAUGGCUUGAUGAGCGGUGAGUAGGUCCGCACCAGGAUCCAAACCCGUGAACCCCGGGCUGCCAAAGCAGAACGCGCAAACUUAACUGCUGCGCCACCGGGCUGGCCCCUCCCAGUUCUUUCUUUGCUUGUAAUUAUGAGGGUUGUGUUUUGUGUUUUUGGGGUUUUCUGCUGAGAAAGAUUCGCCCUGAGCUAACAUCUCUGCCAAUUUUCCUCUAUUUUGUAUGUGCGUCGCCACCACAGCAUGGCCACUGACAAGUAGUGUGGUUCCACACCCAGGAACCAAACCCCAGCUGCCGAAGCAGAGCGUACCAAAUUUAACCACUACGCUACCAGGGCUGGCCCUAAUUAUGAGGUUUUUAAUAUGAAAAAUACAUUCCCUUGUGGCCAAAACUGUCUGUCCUGAUAUGAUUAGAAAAGCCUUCCCACCCCAAGAUUUUAUAAAACAUUUUCCUCACUUUGGUUAAGUUACUAAGUAAUACAUAUUUAUAGUAACACAGCAAGGAAACCUCAAUAGAGAAACAGGAAAUAAGAGCCCCUCCCCCUUCCCUCACCCCUCACUCCAGACACACCCCUGGUUAACUGUUUGGUGGCUCAUUCCAGAUAUUUUUCUUCGCAUUUUAAACAUUCAAUGUACGUGUCUCUGUUUUUCUACAAGCAGGAUUGUUCUGCACGUGCUUGCAAGGGCUUUUGAUGUGUUGACUUGCUGGGCUGAACUACAGCCCCCAGAAUUCCCUUUUUGGUGGAUUCCAGAAAGAUGGGCUAUGGGGAAGGAAGGGGCCAUUUGUAACUCAGACACCUUCUCCCCAAUAUUCAGACACUAACCUAGGUGCUGCUGUGAAGAGAUUUUGCAGAUGUGGUUAAAGCACCUAAUUAGUUGACUUUAAGUUAAUCAAAGGGAGAUUAUCUUGGUGGGCCUGACCUAAUCAGUUGGAAGGCCUUUAAAAGCUUAAAAGGUUUCCGUGAGACUCCUGCCUGUGGAAAGUGUCAGCUGGUGACCACAGCUCAGCCAGUGAGAAACACCACAGCCCAGCCAAUGAGAAAUGGCGCAGCUCAGCCAAUGAGAAAUGGCGCAGCUCAGCCAAUGAGAAACGCCACAGCCCAGCCAAUGAGAAAUGCCGCAGCCCAGCCAAUGAGAAACGCCACAGCCCAGCCAAUGAGAAACGCCACAGCCCAGCCAAUGAGAAAUGCUGCAGCUCAGCCAAUAAGAAACGCGACAGCUCAGCAGAUGAGAAUCUGUUGCUGCCCUGAACUGCUGCUUUCCCCCAAUUGACUUUCCUUUAGAACAGCCCCUCCCUACUCCCCCUUUUUCUCUAUAAAAGCAGUUUCUCUCCUUUGUUUA